UGCAAACCACUCAAACCGGGUCACGUGGCUUACCGGGCCACCGGCAAUGUCCGCUGUCAGAUGCUCCCUGCCCUCGCUUGCGCUCACUUGCAAUCACUUGCAACCACUGUGACACUGUCAUAAACCUUGAUCCUGAGCAAGGUCAGGCAACGGGGCGUCGACGGGAUGUCUUUGCAGGGGAGGAUAUUGCGUAGUUGUAGGGGUUGUAGGGGCUGUAGUGUCGUAGAACAAUCACCCUUCUACUUGCUAACCGAGACCCGUAUCUGGUGUGGUCUGAUCGGAUCUCAGAUUCACCAAUGGCGAGCCCCCAUUACUAUGCACGCCACGCCGGGGAAACACUGUUAUCGAGGGGAUAUAUCCCUCAUGGCCAUGCGCUUGGGAUCUGAUACUGGAUCAGGAGAUCUAAUCUAUUCGCGUGUAUCUCCAGCAAAUGGCCGUUCGAAGGGCGACCAGGUGCUUUGGAAUGAGGGUUUUCUACGAAUGUUCUCCUUUUUGCGAGUACCCUUGGCUGUUACGUAUGAGAUUGAGCGGUUCAUCCGAGCCAGCGGAGUCGGAGUCACCCACCCACGGGCCCACUCCAGAAGAACGCCUGUUCUCGCUACGGCACGACGGCCACUCUACUCCGUGAGCCCUUCGAAGCGACUCUCCUUAAUGAAGCUUCGUAAAUAUUCAGCUGUGCCCAGUGAACGUGUCAGCUGUAUGGUCCCAGAAUGCAAAAUAGUAUCUACAUCUUGCCAUUCGCAUCGAAGCCAUCAUCUCCCAGCUCAGGUAAACCCCUUAGUUGUUCAUAAUGGUCGAUAGCCAACUGGCGACCCCUUCGGUACGAGUCCGCAACGGACCGCUUCACCGCCCCCGGCGAUAAGCGGCAAUAAGCUCUGCACACGUGAUGCAAAAUAAUCACUGGGGGGCGGCGCUUUUUUCUCUUCCGGGACAAGAAACUUGCAAGCCCGGCGCAGCACCACAUCACCAUUUCUUCUCAGGCUGUCCCA